CUCCAAAACUAAGAGAAUCUGAUCCAUCCCAACUUUUCGCAGGCCCGAGUUGAGUGUCAGUCGCCCAUCGUCCACCAACUUCACGACAACCCUUCAACCACCAAAUCGUCACCAUGGGUCGAGGACCGAAGAAGCACCAAAAGCGCCUGAGCGCCCCCUCUCACUGGCUUCUCGACAAGCUCUCGGGAACCUACGCCCCCAAGGCUUCCCCCGGUCCUCACAAGCAGCGAGAGUGCCUUCCCCUCAUCAUCUUCAUCCGCAACCGUCUCAAGUAUGCCUUGAACUACCGCGAGACGAGGGCCAUCCUGAUGCAGCGCCUUGUCAAGGUUGACGGCAAGGUCCGCACCGACCACACCUACCCUGCCGGCUUCAUGGAUGUCAUCUCUCUCGAGAAGACUGGCGAGAACUUCCGUCUCAUCUACGACACCAAGGGCCGAUACACCGUCCACCGCAUUCAAGAGGAGGAGGCUACCUACAAGCUAGGCAAGGUCAAGCGCGUACAAUUGGGCAAGGGCGGCAUCCCAUUCUUGGUCACGCACGAUGCGAGAACCAUCCGCUACCCUGACCCUCUUAUCAAGGUCAACGACACUGUCAAGAUUGACCUUGCCACUGGCAAGAUCACCGACUUCAUCAAGUUCGACACUGGUGCCAUUGCUAUGAUCACUGGUGGUCGUAACAUGGGUCGUGUUGGUGUCAUCACUCACCGUGAGCGCCACGACGGUGGUUUCAACAUCGUCCACGUCAAGGAUGCCAUUGACAACAGCUUCGCCACGCGCGAGAACAACGUCUUCGUCAUUGGUUCUGAGAAGCCCUGGAUCUCUCUACCCAAGGGUCGCGGUGUCAAGCUUUCCAUCGCUGAGGAGAGAGAUCGCCGCCGAGCUCAGGCUCUGGCUGGCCACUAAGUGGUUUGUUGUAUUUUAGUUGAACCACAGUAAAAUUAAAAAAGGGGGGACAUCUGGGCAAGAGGUUGACGAUUUGUCUUUGCGCAUGGGAACUGGAGUCUACGGCAUAUCCACUGUGUGCUUGCUUUACCGCGAAACUGGAACAAGCGGUUUAGGUCGAUGAUGAAAUGAGAAAUUAAUUGACCAUGAUUCCCUAUGAA